CCCGACUGGAGACCAGAACACACUCCUCCUCAACUCCCGAGCGAGAAGAGAAGCAACAGGAGCUCUGCAACAGCUCUACUACUACUAUUGCUCUUGACUACAUCUUCAUCGACUACUACGACUACUGAAGCUAAACUCUAGCUUUUGACCCGACGACGCGAAGAAGAAGAAACAGAGCGAGCAGAACGGAGCGAGGAGCGAGCAGGACUGCACUUAGCUGAAGCCCAGUGGGACGGGAGAUCCUCGAAGAACAAGAGUCAUCAUCACACAAGAUCGACUUGAUCAGAAGAGCGACCAUUUCAAGACAACUGUUCUUGAAAGAAUAAGGACGUCUAGGUUUUUUUUGAAAGACCUGAAAGAUAUUCUUUUGCUGUUACGAAUCCUUACUAGAAAACGAACCACCAUGUCUACUGGAAUGACCAUGUUGACAUCCUUCGUCUGCCUUGCACUUCUACACAUGGCUGCCGCUCAGGAGUGCAGUGGCCAGUGUAUGUGCCCCGAUGUCCCCCCCCAGUGUGCCCCGGGGGUGUCUCUGGUGCUGGACGCCUGUGGCUGCUGUCGAGUGUGUGCCAAGCAGCUGGGAGAGCUCUGCACUGAGCGCGACGUCUGCGACCACCACAAGGGGCUCUAUUGUGACUUUGGAUCCCCCGGGAACCGACGCAUCGGAGUCUGCACAGCCAGGGACGGCGCCACCUGUGUGUUCGGAGGCAUGGUGUACCGCAGUGGCGAGUCCUUCCAGAGCAGCUGCAAGUACCAGUGCACCUGCCUAGAUGGCGCUGUUGGCUGCGUGCCCCUGUGCGGCAUGGAUGUGCGCCUGCCCAGCCCCGACUGCCCCAUGCCGCGCCGCGUCAAGGUGCCUGGGAAGUGCUGCGAGGAGUGGGUCUGCGACUCCCCAAAGACAAACACCUUCGUCGGACCCGUUCUGGCAGCUUACAGAGAGGAGGAGACGUACGGCCCCGACCCCUCCCUGAUGCGCGACAACUGCCUGGUCCAGACCACCGAGUGGAGCGCCUGCUCCAAGACAUGCGGCCUGGGCGUCUCCACCCGCGUAACCAACGACAACCGCGAAUGCCGCCUGGAGAAGCAGAGCCGCCUCUGCAUGGUCCGCCCCUGCGAGUCGCACCUGGAGGAGAGAAUCAGGAAAGGGAAGAAGUGCAUCCGCACGCCACGCGUCUCCAAGCCCAUGAAGUUCGAGAUCUCGGGCUGCACCACCACCAAGUCCUACCGGCCCAAGUUCUGCGGCGUGUGCACCGACGGCCGCUGCUGCACCCCCCACAGGACCACCACCCUCCCCAUGGAGUUCAAGUGCCCCGACGGACAGGUCAUGAAGAAGCAGAUGAUGUUCAUCAAGACGUGCGCGUGCCACUUCAACUGCCCCAGCGAGAACGACAUCUUCGAGUCCACCUACUACAAGAAGAUGCUCGGGGACAUGGCGUAAUGACAUGAAAAUAAAGACUAAAUAAAGAGAUACAGAGACACAGACACAGAGAAAGAAAGAAAGAAAGAAAGAAAGAAAGAAAGAAAGAAAGAAAGAAAGAAAGAAAGAAAGAAAGAAAGAAAGAAAGAGAGAGAGAAGAUGAAGAACAGACAAAAGGAGUGCCACGACUUCCUGAAAAGUCCCUGAAAAAGACAAAAAGGACGAUGACGAAGAUGAAAAAGAAAAGAAAAUUCCAUCCAUCGCAUUGACUGUUCAACUUGAAGCCAACAGAUAUCCAUCUCAUCUCACAGCACAACAUUUGUUUCUCUUGUUUUCGUUUCGUUUUUUUGUUUGUUUUCAUCCAUGUUUGUUCAUUUGCAGUAAUUUUUUAAAUCUUUUUUUU